AUGUCUGCCAAGGCCUCCGGUAAAAAUGACAGAGGCAAGUCCAAGCAAUCAGGCGAUGCAUUUAACAAAAACGGCGUUAUUGAGGCAAAAGGAUCGACAAAUUCAAAAGGUGCAGAAUCAAAAACAUCUGGAAACAGUGUAGGUAAGACAUCAAGUGAAUCGAAAAUGUCUGCCAAAACCUCCGGUAAAGAUGAUGAAGGCAAAUCCAUCGAAUCAAACGAUGCAUCCAAAAAUAGUGGCGUUAUUGGGGCAAAGGGAUCGGCAAGUUCAAAAAGUGCAGAAUCAAAAACACCUGAAAAUAGUUUUGGUAAAACAUCUAGUAAAUCGAAAAAGUCUGCCAAAACCUCGGGUAAAGACGAUGAUAAUAAGUCCAAGGAAUCGAAUGAUGCAUCCGACAACAGCGGCGUUAUUGGGGCAAAUGAAUUAGCAAAUUCAAAAAGUGCAGAAUCAAAAACACCUGGAAAUAUUGUUGGUCCAACAUCAAGUAAAUCGAAAAUGUCUUCCAAAGCCUCAGGUACAGUUGAUGAAAGCAAGUCCAAGAAAUCUGGAGGUUCAUCUAACAAAGCAUCCCAAACCAAAGGUACUAAGUCCAUAAAAAGCAAAAGUGAAAGGAAAAGUAAAACAUUUUCAAAAUCCGGCGAAAACAAAAUUAGUAUGGAAUCAGAAAACAAUGAAGGAACAAUAAAUAAGUCGAUUCUGAAAGAAAACAGUGAGCAAUCUAAGACAGGCAUGGAGAAAAGCAAAUCUAAGUCUUCCGAAAGUAUUGACAAAUCAAAGGAAACCACGAACAAACAUAUGGAUAAAGCUUCAUCCAAAACACUCGAUAAUGAAGCUAAGAAGUCAUCUAAAUCGUUGAAAAGUAAAAACAUAAGCAAAUCAAAAUCAUCAUCCGGAAAAGACAAGACCUCAUCUAAGUCAACGGAAGCUGAUUUCGACGAGUCACUGACGUCGGGUAGUAUAACCAAUGGUAAAACUAUCUCAAAAUCUAAAAGUACAAAUUCGAAGGCAACCAAAGAGACAAAAAUCGGAAAGAAAUAUAAUUGCGUGAAAGACGGAGUAUCUUAUAAUACAUGUAAGUGUCGUUUAUGUUAUUUCGUUUUUAUUUGUUAA